CUUCCAUCGCCAACAUGCCCAAGCGCUCCUACCCCUUUGACAGCGUCUCUCCCUUACAGCUAAAGACUCAUGUCGGCGAGAAGGAGUUAUGUCAGGGUGUAGCCGGUGACACGCUCAUGCGGGACAUUUUCGAGAAGACAAAGCAAUUGUUGUUCAAAGGCGCAAAAGCUGUUUUGGGAAAUCAAGAACACCAAAGUGAAAAUGGACAAAUUUCCCUCCCUGAACUUCCAUCUGGACAGACUGUUAUUGGACAAGAUGGCAAACUGUGUAGGAACACUCAGUCACACAAAUCUACACCGACAGGAGUAUCCAAAGCCUGCUCUUCCUGUGUCAGAUCUGUUGCUGACAAAGAAACAUGCUCACAGUGUGAACGAUAUGUUUGUAAACAGUGCUGCAAGGUGUGCAGCUGUUGCUCUGCAAUAAUCUGCUCCUUCUGCACAGAUGUUGACCAUGACAACGGCGAAGGCUUGUUCUGCUCAGCCUGUUCUGUGUUUGAAGCGUAAAGCCACACUGUAUAUUCUUUAUAUAUAUAUAUAUGAAUUCAAGUAUUAAUCUGUAAAUUUUAGCACAUGUUUUGUAUUUUUAUAUGUG